GUUUAUCGUACACUUAAAGUUCUUAAUUUACAACUAAUAAUUACAUAGUUUGCUCGUCGACCUUUGCGUUCGCUGAAGUUUAAAUUUAGCAGUCAUAUGUAACCGGGUGACGUCACGCAGAUGUGCGCAAUAGCAUACCUUGUUUUCUUGUAUCAUGGGAAUAACCAACGGUAAGCUACCGCCCACCACAUUUCGCAAAUGUCUAGUGAGUUUAUGAACGCCACUUAGAAAGGUUGGUAUUGGUAACACUGGAAAAAAUAAAAAUAUGUGUCAGAUGCCAGCUGUGAAUGUGAAUGACAAGGUUGUCAAGUAAACAGUCGAUUAAAAAGUUUUCCAGACCAGAAGGCAGAAGCACGAAAAUGUCGAAAGAUUCACACAUUGAUAGAGAUCUAGAUUUAUCAAACGCUAAUCGAGGAGUGUGGCUUGUAAAAGUCCCCAAAUAUGUUGCAAAUAGAUGGGAGAAAGCUCCCAGUGAUAUGGAAGUAGGCAAACUAAAAAUUUGCAAAUCUGGGCCAAAAGCCCAGGUUUCUCUAACGUUGUCAUCGGCUAUUUUAAAUUUGAGUGAGCCUGGUGAAGAACCCAUUCCCAAAGACCACAGAUUAGAUGUGUCAAAGGUAACUCAACAAACGUUAGGUGUUUUUUCACAUGUUAUACCAUCACAAACUGAUUCAGUUAUCCCAGAAACUGAGAAGUUGUACAUGGAAGGUAAAAUUGUACAGAAACUUGAGUGUAGACCUUAUGCAGAUAAUUGUUAUAUGAAACUGAAAUUAGAAUCUAUUAGAAAAGCUUCAUUACCAACAAGAAAAGUUAAACAACUUGAUAGAGUGGUGACGUCUUAUAAACCAGUGUCAGACCACAAAAAUAAUAUUGAAUAUAUGGAACGGAAGAAAGCCGAAGGAAAGAAAGCUCGUGAUGAUAAAGAUGCUGUUUUGGAAAUGUUAUUUGCUGCAUUUGAAAAACAUCAAUACUACAACAUCAAAGAUUUGGUUAAAAUUACUAAACAACCAAUAACUUAUUUAAAAGAGAUCUUGAAAGAAGUUUGCAAUUAUAAUUUGAAAAAUCCACAUAAAAAUAUGUGGGAAUUAAAACCAGAGUACAGGCAUUAUAAACAACCAGAAGUUAGUGAUGAAAAGAAAGACUCACAAUCAGAUGGUGACUAAAAUUUAUUUUUAUGAACACUUGAUAAGUAUCUUAUUCAAAUAAAUCAUUUUAAAUUCUA